GUUAAAAACAGAGUCACACAACAACACAAAUAUAUUCCAUGGCUAUAUUUGCCAAGUGUCUUAGCAAGACAGAUGUUGGGAAGAGACUGUCUGUUCCCAGCAAGUCUCUCAAGUAUUUCCCGUUAUCCGGCGAACAUCAUGCCGUUGACUUCAAGGUCAAAGAACAGAACGGUCGGGUCUGGACAUUCGGUGUUAACCCGCAAGAAAAAGCACCUGGAGCCGGUUCUUACCAAGGGAUGGCGUAAGUUUGUUUGCGCCAAAAAGCUUGCUCGUCAAAAAAAGCUUGAAAUUGGGGAUAAAGUAAAAAAAUUAAGUGAAAAAGUAUUUAAAAUUAUGUAAUAAGUAUUUGUUGGGAAAGAUUAAAAUAUUUUAAUUUUU